UCGAGCCCUCCUGCUUCCGGUCAAUUCACAACAUCCAAGAUGUCUGCCAUCGUGGAUUGCCUCGUUUCUUACGGUAGCGACUCGGAUUCGGAAAACGAGUCAACCUCUAAAACCGAUGUUGAUAUCGUGGACCCGAUGGAUCCGGACGCCACGGCUCACCUUAAACCUCUGGAUACCGAUCCUACGAUGACGGUGGCUGUUCUUAAUUCUGCCCCGGAGGUCGCCGUUAAGGAGGCUGUUGAGACUGGCACACACCUGGACCCUUCAUUGAAAGAAGUCACUUUCAAUCCCACAUUUGAAACCUUGUUUGCACCAGAGUUUGGUCCAACAAAUCCAUUUAAAAGCCAGCAGAUGGCUGCCCCCAGAAACAUGUUAUCUGGUUAUGCAGAACCUGCUCACCUCAACGACUUUAUGUUUGAACAGCAAAGGAGGACCUUCCACACUUAUGGUUAUGCUUUAGAUCCAUCUGUUAGCACACACCAGGUAUCCUCUAUUGGCUACAUUGGCGCAGUGGAUGAGGCUGAGAAAAAUAAAGGUCUAACUGUGUUUGAGACCGGACAGAAGAAGGCUGAGAAAAGAAAAAAGAUCAAAGGGGGAGAUGCAGGAGAUAUGGACAACUUCCUUGGACCAUGGGCAAAAUAUAUAGAUGAGAAAGAUUCUGCCAAACCUUCAGAGGAAGAGCAGAAGGAGCUGGAUGAGAUCAUAGCCAAACGGCAGAAGAAGGGGAAGAACGAGGAAGAGGCUCCCGCAGAAGAGAAAACCGUUCUCCAUGUUAAAGACAUGUAUGAUUACCAGGGCAGGUCCUACCUUCACAUCCCACAGGAUGUGGGUAUCAACCUGCGCUCUGUAGAUGGUCCAGACAAGUGUUACUUGCCUAAGAAACAGAUUCAUGUCUGGUCUGGACACACCAAGGGUGUCAGUGCCAUCAGACUAUUUCCUAGCUCUGGUCAUCUUCUGCUCUCCUCCUCCAUGGACUGUAAAAUCAAGCUGUGGGAGGUGUACGGUGAGAGGAGGUGUGUACGGACAUUCAUUGGUCACAGCAAAGCAGUGCGAGACAUUUGCUUCAACAACAGUGGGACGAAGUUCCUCAGCGCUGCCUAUGACCGCUACCUGAAACUCUGGGACAGUGAAACAGGCCAGUGUAUCUCCCGCUUCACCAACAGGAAGAUACCGUACUGCGUCAAGUUCAACCCCGACCAGGAAAAACAGAACCUCUUCGUGGCCGGCAUGUCCGAUAAGAAGAUUGUUCAGUGGGACAUCCGGUCAGGUGAGGUCGUUCAGGAGUACGACCGUCACCUGGGAGCCGUCAACACCAUCACGUUUGUUGAUGAGAACCGUCGCUUUGUGAGCACAUCGGACGACAAGAGUCUCCGAGUUUGGGAGUGGGACAUCCCUGUGGACUUCAAGUACAUCGCUGAGCCCAGUAUGCACUCAAUGCCAGCUGUGACGCUGUCUCCCAACGGUAAAUGGCUGGCGUGCCAGUCGAUGGACAACCAGAUCCUGAUCUUUGGAGCCCAAAACCGCUUUAGGCUGAACAAGAAGAAAGUCUUCAAAGGCCACAUGGUGGCUGGCUACGCCUGCCAAGUGGACUUCUCCCCAGACAUGAGCUAUGUGGUGUCAGGGGAUGCAGAUGGAAAGCUGAACAUUUGGGAUUGGAAGACCACCAAGCUCUACCAAAGGAUCAAGGCUCACGACAAAGUGUGCAUCAGCGCACUCUGGCAUCCGCACGAAACCUCCAAGGUCAUCACCUGCGGUUGGGAUGGACAAAUCAAACUCUGGGACUAGAUCUGUCCUGGUAUGUGUGUCUGGGGAGAGGGUUCUGCCAGAUGGUGGGAUGAACUGAACUGGUUCACUGUGGAGAGAUGGAAAGGGACUGAUAGUCCCAUUUAGGUUUUGUGAAAGCCACAGGACUGGUAUCCAGUCCUAUUGUGGCAACAUAUUUUUGUAUCCCGCCGUGAUAGCAAACAUAUGUAUCUAUACAAAGAUGACCACAUACACAUUUUUUAACUGCAAACGGCAGAUUAGAGGGGAACCGUGUCAUUUUUUAAAAUGUUUUGUUUCAAUUUGCAAUCUUUGUGGUAUACCUCUGUAAUCCUUGGUAACGAUUAUUCAUUUCAAUUGUGUGACCAUCCUAUUGUGGAAAUAAACAUUCUGUAAAUUUGA